GUUUCAGUUUGAACUUGACGACCAACACGACACAGCUCUGAAUAUGCGUUUCUACAUCUUGAUUGUGCUCCUUGCUUUGGUUGCUGUGGCAGCUGCUCAGGGCAGACGUCAGCAGAGAGGCGGUGCACGACAGAAUGGUCAGCAGCAGGGCAGGCCACAAGGCCGCAGGCCGCAGGGACCAGGACCACAGCAGGGAGGACGACCACAAUGGGGAGGUCUGCCACCAAAUGGCACGCUGCCCGACAAUGGCAACAGCACAACGACUGAAGCCACCAGCAGCACCACCACUGAGGGCAGCAGCAGCUCCACUGAGGGCAGCAGCAGCUCCACUGAGGGCAGCAGCAGCAGCAGCAGCAGCACUACUGAGGCUGCCUAGGAUGCCACUCCUAGGAGCCAAUCUAAAAUCCAUUUUUGGCCUGGCUCAAAAUCCCCCUCCAACAUGAUAUUAAUAAAAGUUUUUCC